ACGAGUGGGAAAAAAAAACGGAGUGCGCGCGCGUGUUUCUUUCGGUUCGCGAAUUCGUCGUGGAGGUGCUUUUGUUUGGCGCAAUUUUCGAUUGCCUCGAAUCUCAUCCGUUGAGAGGAUUAAACAAGGAUUCUGUUGGGGAUUUGGGCCGAAGUGCGUUAGAGUGUGUGAUAAGAGAAGAAAUGGGCACGUCGCGAAAAUGACGAAUAGUUUAUUUGAAAUGUAGAAUGUGCGUGCUACGCGGAAGAUUGUCAAAAGUUGAUUGAGUGAUUGUUAGCACAGAACGUUAUUUAGCCGAAACAGAAGUUCGUCGCCGGGGUCAAAUUACGUAGGCCCGGAAUUUGGCACAUAUGCUUGCAGAUUGGAUCGUAUAGACGAAAAUAAAUGAGAGAUUUGUUGUGCUCUGGAAACAUAGAAAAUGUGAAUGAAAGUGAAAAGCAAGAUUGUUUGUGCUAAUUGCCAAAAUUAGUGAUUGUGGAUAACGUUUGCAAUUUUUGGAUGAAUCGUUCAUGAUGGAAGAUGGUGGUGACCAGUAGUGAUAUGGUGAUUCGAUCGAAGCUAUAAGCAAAUCACCACUUCUCCCAUUGUUCACCAGUUCCCAGGAAAUCAGCAUUGGACCCACACGAGCGAAUGGUUCCCUGCAUCCAUCCGAGGUGCUAUUUGGUGUGUCCCCAGUGCAAUGGAGGCGUGAAUGUGAAAAUGUGAUAAUUGUUGCGGUGCUGCAAAAAAAAAAUCGGCAUACAUAGGAACAGCAGUUUUCAAACAAUAAAAAAGAAUUAAAUCCGUAAUCAGCCGGAACCGCCACUCUGGGGAGCAGGAAAUUGAGUGUCCCUUCGUUCGGAGUGGAACUGAAGCGAAGCAGUGGGGAACUCGAUUGUUAAAAUGUUUUGCGCACCGAGUGGGUAAUAUUUUGUGGAAAAGCUGCACAUAUUUGCGCGAUAUCGGAGUCUGGUGUGAGCAGAUCAGUGAUAGAAAAGGUGGAGAGUGUGGUGACAGGAAUAACGUAUUGCUGUUGCCGCUUCCUGCUUUAGGGGUCGAGCCGUCAUCCCGAGUGGGAAACCUCGCGGAUUGUCAGAUAUUUUGAUUGGAUGCGAAAAUGAAGACCUCAAGGUUCAUUUGCUGCUGUGCAAUCGUUGUAAUCGUUUCAACCGUUGUCGGCUCAACGGUCGCCGAUCAGAAUACCAAGGAACGGAUUAGGAUUCACAAAGAAUGGCUAGCGAGGCGUGCCGCCAGUCGUGUCAACACCAAUUCCACCCAACGUACAACCUACCUGCGGAAGUUAAUCAAAUUCAAGAACGAGCGCGAGCCUCUUUCCGAGAAUGACAUUUCCUUUGUGCCACAUUUCAGCCACAACAAUAGGGACAAUGAGCAUCCGAAUGGCAUCGGUGGCAGUGACACCGAGUUCAACAACAAAGUCCAACAGGACUCCGACAACGAGUAUGGGCUGAGGCCGGUCGGAAGUGUUGCCGAACCGGAUGUCACUGUGCAGCCGAACGAAGCCGAUAGAUAUCGUUACCAUGUAGCAGUCGAACGCAAUUUGUCCCAGCCAUCACAGCAAGUAGCAUCAGUGCAAUCGCGCUUAUUAGUGCAUCACACCGUGGACAGCCCGGAGGCAUCUAACGAAAUACCCCCGCUGACGUCGACCGGUGAUGCACCUGCCAUAACGCAACGGCAAAAGGAUGCCAUGGCAUCCGGCGGGCGGGUCAAUGAAAGUGAGCCAACCGAACAAAUUAAUGCUGUGGCCAAAAUAAAUGAGCUUGGUAAAUCCGGAACGGCGAAUGGCAUGAAUAAUGAUCUACCGUUGGCGCCGGGGCAUGAAACGGGAAGUGGCAAUCAUAAAUCAGUGCAGAGCAGUGCUGUUACUGGUGAUAAAAGGAAAUCCUGGCACCAUCCGACCAUAAUUAAUAAUGAAACCACAGACGAUGAGAGUAGUACGCCUUCUCCUGAUGGUGAUGCUUCCGGUUUUACUACUGGUACUAUCGCACCCACCACCACUACGGAAAGGGAAACGGUGGACGGGGAUAGAGUCAAUGGACAAAAGCAAAACAGGACAAAGGUGGAUGGUAAUGUCACAAUAAGAAACGGAUUUGGUCCAUGGAGCAAUUGGACGGCUUGCUCGCGGUCCUGUGGCGGUGGGGUGAAAUCGCAGCAACGGAAGUGCUGGCGUCGAGAGUACAUCAAUGGAAAGAAAAGCCCUAGACCAGCAGUGGAAAGCUACGAUUGCAUAGGUAUCGUUAAGCGGUAUCAUUUGUGUAAUGAACAGGAUUGCCCAAUCCCAACGGUUGAUUUUCGUGAGCAACAGUGCACUAGUUUCAACAACCAAGCGUUUCAGGAUAAGCGUUACAUUUGGGAGGCAUUUAUCAAAGACGAUGCCGAAUGUGAGCUGAACUGUAAACCGAUUGGAAUGCGCUACUUCGCCACGCUGAACAAGACAGUCAUCGAUGGAACGCCGUGCAGCAAACCCACCGAGUAUUUUCGGCGCAACAACAGCGGCAGGGGAAUCUGCGUGGAUGGAAUAUGCAAGGCUGUUCACAACAGUGGCGUGAUAUCCGGAACGUUUAUGAAUAAUGGCGCCGUACGGUGUGGCACCUCCGUUUGUCGGCCCAUUUCCGCCAUCUACACCAAGAGCCAGCAGACGAGUGGCUACGUCCACGUGGCCACCAUUCCGGCCGGGGUGUACAACAUCACCGUAACCGAGCUGCAGAACAGUCAGAACUAUCUCGCUCUGAAAACCACCGAGCAGCAGAGGUUCAUCAUUAACGGCGAUUACACCAUAUCGUUGAGCGGCUAUUAUCAAGGCGCGGGAACUACUUUCGAGUACCGAAGGGUGGAUAGUCUGAAUAAUGGAUCCGUCAGCAGCUUCCGCAAAAUUGAGGGAGUUACCGAGUGGAUCACCUCCCCAGGUCCUACCACCGAAGCGGUCGAGCUGUAUGUCCUCUCGCAGCAGCCGAACCCUGGAAUCAAAUACGAAUACCUGAUGCCGAUCAAUACGAACCCCAUCCUGGACUCCAACGAGGACAAUAGGGUAGAUGUUAUUUCAAACGAUAUCACAGAAAAGGCCAGCUUCCGUGUGCCGAAGCAACGAACCAUUUUGAACAAUACGCAACCAUCGAGCACAUCGAAGCCGUUACGCAAACGGAAGUUCCUCUGGAAGGUGAUCGGGUUCGGGGCCUGCAGUAAAUCCUGCGGAGGUGGAAUUCAACAGCCGGUUAUCAAAUGCGUCCGUGAAGCUCCAACUCGAGUGUUCUCUCCCAAGCGCUGUGCUCAUCUGGCACAACCGGUGUUGAAUGAACAUCUUCUGCGUUGCAAUACGCAGCCUUGUCCUGCGUACUGGAAGCUGUCCGAGUGGAGCGAAUGCAAUUGUGAAGAUACCGCAAAUGACAAUGAACCUUUCAAAACUCGCGAGGUAAAAUGCGUUCAGGAACUGAUAUCCGGUAUUGUGAUUCAGGUGAACAGUGGAGCAUGUAUGGAAGAACAACCUCCGGCGAGUGAAAAGUGUGAAUGCGCCAGGCACACGCAGCCACCUCCGAAGGAGGUUUACCAUCGGAAGCCUACAGUUGUCAAUCAUCACCAUCACCACCACAGUAACAACCAUCAUAAUGGGCACAAUACCCAGAAUGACAUGCAAAUCACCAAUGGCUACGGAAGGCCCAGUUUGGAUGCCAGCAGCAUCAGCCAGCAGGUGGAAUCGAAAAAGACGGGCAUUUGGUUGACUGCGGAUUGGAGCGAACGCUGCUCGGCAAGCUGCGGUGUGGGACUCCAAAUCCGGUCUAUCUUUUGCGAUCGCAGCUCCUCGACCAAUGCCGAGCGAUGUGAUCUGCGGUUUACUCCGGACACAACUAGGGAGUGCACCAGCAGUCGGGCCUGCGAGUAUGGCGAAUGGUUUGCCGGUCCCUGGGGCUUGUGCUCCGGUGACUGUUUCAACCUUACUCGAACCCGAAAGGUUCUGUGCAUUCGUAAUGACAACUUUGCAACCGACUCUGAAUGUGACGACAGUGAGCGACCCGUUUCGAUCGAAAACUGCGACGUUGAAGCGAUUGACGAUUGUAAACCCAGAUGGCACUACUCCGAUUGGAGCGAGUGCACCAAAACAUGCGACGCAGGCAACCAGCGCCGAGUGGUCAAAUGUCUCGAAUUUAACCUGCGCGACAAGAUCAUGCAGGAAUCGGCCAGCUGUCGGUACGCCGACCGUCCAAUGGCGUAUCGAGUGUGUAACGAAGAGCCGUGCCCCUCGACGACCACUUCCAGCACAACGGCGACGGCGGCUUCGAUGGAACCGUAUGUGGAGCCACGAGUCGACAUGAUACAGAACGACGGCAGCUGCCGGGACGACUUCCCGAACUGUAGCAUAGUUCUCAAGGCGAAACUAUGCAGCUAUGCGUACUACAGCCAGGCGUGCUGCCAGACGUGCCGAAAUCGAUCGAACGAGCUGUAUUAGUUGGCAACUAUGGAGACCUUUACCGGGUGACCAAUCAGAGUGAAUACUUAGUGAAAUUUAGCGGUUAGGUUGAGCUUAAGUUAUUUUCCUGCUAGGUAAUAAAAAGUCGUGGAUUUCUAUUUUUAAUCUACAGAACUUAUGAAUCACAUAUUUUGAACUGUAGCCAAAAGAUUUUUAACUAUAAGUUGCAAUUUUUCUUGCAAUGUUUUGUAAAUUACAAGUAUUUACACAAUGCCUAUAAAACUUCUAGUUCGAAUCAAACUCCUUUUUCGAAAAAAAAUUAAUACAAAUUUCAACAAAUAUCUUUCGUAAAAAUAAGAUUUUAUCAGACGGCAAACAUAAAUUCGAAAUCACCUGUUUCGUCUCAAACAGCCUAGUAUUUAGUUAAGUUUACUGUUUGCAGUAUUUUAACGUUCCGUUGAAACCUCUUCCAUGGUCGAUCUACUAUACUACUUUUUGUACAACAAAUCGAAUCGUUACAAAAAUAUAGUUUGCGUUGAAGAGAAUAUUUAUCGAUACAUUUAAGUGCUAGGAAAAGCUAUAUUUAAGAGAUAUCGGAUAAACUGUGGGAAAUUCAUACGAAAUCGCCACGUUUACGUGUGCUGUGUUUAGUGGAGAGACGGUUCAAUGCUGUUACAUGUUCCCCCUUCCAAAUGAUUAUCACGACACUACACUGUAAAUGUUUAGAUUUCCAGAAAUAGGGGAAAGACGUUCGAUCCUCGGAUCGAAUGGAGCCAAAGGAGGCCGAGUUAGGAGAAAAUCGAAAAAUAAUCUCACCGUAGUGUGUAAGUGCCAUUUUAAGCAUAAUGUGAAUCCCCGUUUUGACACUACCAAAUGGAAGAUUGAACGAAUCACUUGAUGUAAAAUUUCAAAGCAGUUUUACUGUAGAUGUGUUGAAGGGCGUUUCCCUUUCGCACCAAGGAGCAUACUGAUCAAACUAUAUGACAUACAAUAAUACUAUUUGAAGGAGAAAUUUUCCUUGUACCAAUAGGUCGUCUUGCUAGACAAGAGGUGUUUAUUGGCUAAUCAUGCAUCAAACAAACGCGGCUUAGAAUAUCAUCUUUCUUGGAACCUGUUCUGUUCAAAGAAGACAUGUUGCUAGCAAUAGAUGUAGAUUGAUCACAUCGUUUUAAUUACAUCUUGAAUCAAAUGUA